AGAGACACUCACUUGACCGGAGCAGAGCGAGAGUAAAGAGCAGAUCUCAUCUGUGUGAAGUGACAAAAGCAGGAGUCUUCUUUCUUUCUUUCAGUGGAGAAACGUCGAUCAGAGCUCGAUGGUGUUUUUAUUAUUGAGCGGCGCUUUAAAGUCAACGUAAAAAAAAGAAGAAAAAAAAGUGAAGUGCAGCUGGACGGAAAAUUUAAGGCGUGAAUUGAAGAAGUUGGUCGCUCAGUGGGAAGUGAAAACCGUCAUUUGCGUGAUAUUUUUAAGUCGACUUUUUCUGUCGCCUCGUUUCAUCAAGUACCUUUGGAUAUCAAAACUUUGCCAUGUGUAGGAAAGGAAGCCUGCGGAGAGAAAGAGCGAUGUCACUGUGAUGUCCGUUGCUGGCAUCAUCUCAGCCUUUCAAGGAGCUCGUGGGAAAAGGACGCAGAGGGGAAGGAGCUGAGGGGAGAGGACAGCAGAAGAGCUUUUUUAUGUGGAGGGGAUGGAGGUGACUGCAUCCUGCAUGCGGAGUUAGGAGUGAUGAUAGCUCCAUGUGAUUCAUUUUUCUUUUUCAGCAUUUUAAGCUGAGCAGGUGUGAAGGAGUCACUGUUUUGUGGAAUCUAGUGGCCGUUUCUCUGGAGGUGACAAGGCUGAGUUCAGCAGCUGCUAGGCUGCAGCUAUGGACGUUGAGGUGAGAUUUCCUCCCCCCGCAUUAGUGACCUCUUCGCCGUUUGCUUCAUCAUGCUGGACAAGUACUUCUACAUCACCCUGGAGCUGCUGAUUGCCGUCUUCUCAGUGCUGGGAAAUGUGUUGGUCUGCUGGGCCGUGGCCCUCAACAGUAACCUCCAGAGCAUCACCAACUUCUUCGUGGUGUCGCUGGCUGUGGCCGACAUCGCCGUGGGCGUCCUGGCCAUUCCCUUCGCCAUCGUCAUCAGCAUCGGGUUCUGCUCCAACUUCUAUGGCUGCCUGUUUAUUGCGUGCUUUGUGCUGGUUCUCACACAGAGCUCCAUCUUUAGUCUGCUGGCUAUCGCUAUGGAUCGCUACAUUGCAAUCAAGCUACCACUCAGGUACAACAGCUUGGUGACAGGACAGCGGGCUCGAGGCAUCAUCGCCAUAUGCUGGAUUUUAUCCAUCAUCAUCGGUUUGACCCCCAUGAUGGGCUGGCAUCAUGGGAUGUCAAGAAACGUCACCAACGAAACCAAAAGCAGCCCCUGCCAGCCGGGCAUGAUGAAGUGCCUGUUUGAGGAUGUUGUCGACAUGGCGUACAUGGUCUACUUCAACUUUUUUGGUUGUGUUCUGAUCCCAUUGCUGCUAAUGUUGGCCAUCUACCUGUGUAUCUUCAUGGCAGCUCGCCACCAGCUCAUGCUGAUUGAAGUAAAAGCGUCUCAUGGGGAAAAGUCCCGCUCCGUCCUGCAGAAAGAGGUCCAGGCUGCCAAGUCUCUGGCCAUCAUUGUGGGCCUGUUUGCUGUCUGCUGGCUGCCUUUACAUAUCAUUAACUGCUUCAACCUCUUCUGUCCUCAGUGUGCUCGUCCUCCUAGUUUGGUUAUGUAUGUGGCCAUUAUCCUAUCCCAUGCCAACUCUGUGGUCAACCCCUUCAUCUACGCCUACCGCAUCCGAGAGUUCCGGCACACCUUCCGUAGGAUUAUUAGGCGGCACAUCCUGGGGAAGCGGGAGGUGUUUGAGAGUGGCGGGAGUAAGCGGAACUCUACUCACAACAGCAUCACGGACUCCAUCAGGCUCAAAGCAAAUGGCCUCAGCUUUGACCUUUUCACAGAGCACAGCAGCAGUACCUGUGAGAACUCCUGCCGCUGUCCUGCUCACAUCUCCCCUUUAGAGGGUGGUCUGGCAACAGUGUCUCACCCGCCUCUGUCUGUUGUUAUCGCCCACUGCCCCAAAGUGGGGACGUGUCCACUUCAAGCCCUCAGGCAGACUCAGCUCCCGGCGGGGCACGACUGCUCUGAACCAGAGAUCCUGGAGGAAAACUGCAAACAGAACCUCGCCCCAGCACAGGUUGCACUGCUGUUCAACAACCAGGACAGGAGGAGCUGCUGUAGCGAGCUAGAUAAAGUGCACUGAUCUAUGCGCCGCAGGGAUCAUUCGCUAAUUCCUCACAGUUAGUUGUGAAUGGCUGAUAAAUGAAAACUGUCUCUACUAUUUAAAUACAGUGACAUGUAAAUUUAAUUCAGAAUAAGUCUAAAAGGCACCACUAUUGUUACCGGGAGGCUACGUCUUAUCAACCCACAUGGCUGGGGAUGGUUUGUAGUGUGCAGCCACUUCACAAGUUGUUCUGUGGAAAUUUCAACACCAUCCAUGAAUGUUUUUACUUCCUCUUUGCAAACAGCUGAAAUACAGUAGAAAUGCAGGCAGUUGAUAGACGGGUCUAUAUGGAAUAGGAGCAUUUAUUGUAGCCGUGUCAGGAUAGCCACCUUUAUUUAACCAUAGUCAUUUCAGUUCUGAAUGUGAUGCGUCUUUAAAUUAUUACAUUUAUUUUCUUUCUUUCAGGGAUAUGAACAUAAACACAACAUACUCUGCUCUCUUCACUUGUAAUUUCCACAUUUUUGGUAGAGAUUAACAGACAUAACCACGUUCCAGAUGAAUGUUUCAGCCCAUUGCUUCUAUUUGCUGUUUCCUAAUGGACUAAAAACAGAAGGACAGUGCAGGCUGGUUUGUGGUUGUGAGAAUAUCUGUUAAAUGCUUCACAUUCUUUAAAGCAAAGACCAGUAAUUUGGCAAUCUAAUGCUGUAAUGUGACCUUUUAUUUUUGUUCAUACAUUUGUGAUAAUGACGCUUUAAUGUAUGCUUAUUUAAGUUAAAUUCAGAUGACACAAUUGACACAGUUUGGUGAAUAAUGGGAAAUUAUUUGGAGAUGUCCAUUACUGCCCUCUAUGUUUUCACAAGUAGACUGGCACCAAGUGCUGUCUUUAAAUAAAUCCUUUCACAUUUUUAAUGUGUGCUUGCUGUGUAUACAUUUUUGCAAUGGCUACAAUAUAAUCCCCGUCUUUAUUCAGGAGCUGCAGGAACACCUCCAGACAUCCCACUGGCUUUUCAGCAGACAGGCUCGUGAUUUGGUCACUCUGAGAAAUGGUGGAUGAAAUUGUCAUAAUUUCUUGGCGUUUCUUUA